GUGUGUGCAUGUGUGUGUGUGUGUGUGUGUGUGUGUGUGUGUGUGGAGGUCACAUUGGAUGUGCAGGUCUGUAUUUGACAGAAUUCUGCACACCCCACGGCAGAAUUAGGCCAAAGACACAGGUGUAGAUGUGUGUUCUGGAAUUUUUAGUGUGAAAGUGUAAAGCAAGGGUUUUUUUUUUACUUGUUCAACAAGCAGAACUGGAAAUACAGGUUUCACUGUAGCUAGAUUAAGCUAAAAAAUGUAAUUUUUUAAUCUCAUUAUGUGUAAUGACAGGUCAGGAUCUCGCAUAUUACAUGAAAGAAAUGUAUUUAUUAUUGAACAUAUGAAAUAUAAAACGCUAAUUCAUACCCAGAAGGCCAGGACAAGCUAGUUUCAUGUCAGCUGAAAAGUAAUUUCAACACUGAGAUAAAAUACUCAAGUUUUCAUUGGGUGCUUUGAUGCACUUCCAUGUUGUAACGAUAGCGUGCACUACUUCUUCCUUAUCCCUCCACCUGCUGCACUACACACAUUGCCCAAGGCGUGAUCUGGUUUUAGGUAAUAAUUACCUGCUAGCACAACACGCAUUCCCCUCACAGUUAAACAUGGUGUUCCUUCCUCAGUGAAGGAGGCGUGGCCUAUGUGACUGCAUAGAGUCUCAUGGAUAGAGGCAUGGCUUCUGGGUCUGUUAGUCCCAGAGAAGUAGGCGUGGCCUGUGUAACUGUAAGUCUCAUUGAAAGAGGCGUGGCCUCUGGGUCUGUUAGUCCCAGAGAAGUAGGCGUGGCCUGUGUAACUGUAAGUCUCAGUGAAAGAGGCGUGGCCUCUGUAACUAAGUCUCAUUGAAAGAGGCGUGGCCUCUAGGUCUGUUAGUCCCAGAGAAGUAGGCGUGGCCUGUGUAACUGUAAGUCUCAUUGAAAGAGGCGUGGCCCCUGUAACUGUAAGUCUCAGUGAAAGAGGCGUGGCCUCUAACUGUAAGUCUCAGUGAAAGAGGCGUGGCCUCUAGGUCUGUUAGUCCCAGAGAAGUAGGUGUGGCCUCUGUAACUGUAAGUCUCAGUGAAAGAGGCUUGGCCUGUGUAACUGUAAGUCUUCGUGAAAGAGGCGUGGACUCUGGGUCUGUCAGUCUCACAGAAAGAGGUGUGGUCUCUGUAACUGGUUUUGUUUAACGGUUUUGUUUGUUGUCUUUUGAUUUCUCCUUUCCAAAAACAUAAAACCACCUACAUUGAAUGUCAGACAGCAAGAGUUGUCACAAUAUAUUUGUGCAUUUAAUGCAUUAGGAUUAAUUAAUUAGGAUUAUAGAAUUAUUACUGGAAUUAUAUACAGCAUGCACUUGAAUUAAUUAGAGACACAUUAAAUGAGUUGCUGUGUGAUUAGCGUUUCGAAACUCAGUGGAACAGUGUUUCAUCGGACGUGACUGUUGAAGAGGGAAAGAAUCUUCCUCAUCACUUCUGCCUUACGACUCCUGUGAAUUUUAAUUGGCUAAUCUCUCCAUCCCAGCCCGUGAUUGGUCAAAGUCCCGUUCCUGUAAGGUUUAACUGGCCGCAGUACGGUUGUUGCCAGGAUGCCUUGCUUUACCCGUGUGACUUUGUGCGCACUGGGACAGAGGACACGGAAGAGGUCGUCUCUUUGUUUGCAUCCCGUGAUCGGAGUUGGACGGUGGUGGGAAGUGGCACAGACUGGCAUUGGAGGGAAAAUGACACAGAGGCGUUUGUUAUUCUGGAGAGUUUACACACACUGCUAUUGUUAUCGCCAUGCGUUCCAACAUCUGUAGGAUUUUCCUCUUUCAUCAUCAGCACGGCACCUGAUCGGCGCGGCACCCGACAUCAAUAUCCCCCUUUAUACUGGAACACAAGACGAGGUCUCGCGCUCCUGUGGAGAGACAGCAAAGACAAGCGGGGUUCUCUGGCCCUCUAAAGUCACGUCUAGGUUCUCUUUUUCCCCAGACCCAGUGCUCAUGUUCAGGCUUUAAGAUGACAUUUUUUAAGACCAAUCUAGUAUUCUAUACUCUAUCGUUUACUAUCAUUUUGAUAGCUAAUUCGAAUUUACUUUAAUCUUAGUCUACACCGAAAAAAAUACAUACAGUGUUAUUCAUAUUUUAGUCAAUUUGGGUUUAGUUAAUGAAAAACUGACAGUAGUUUUACUCACCUCCAGUUGAACACUUUUUAGCAUUUUAUCACUCUGAAAUUUCCCACGUUGUGUUUUAAUUUCCCGAAACGCAAACGGAUGACUCCUUCUUUACUGGAACUCCAGCUUUACUAAUGCACGUCUCCAUUACAGGUUCAUUAAAGCCUUUCUCCUUCUAAUGUUAGAAAUAAACAGCAUUGCUUUAAUGUGCUGUCUAUUAGACCGUGUUUUAGGGCCGCGGUCACUGUUUAGGAAAAAAACAACAACAAGAUUGUGAGAACACAGCUGUAAUAUUUUAAGAAAAAAGGCGUAAUAGCUUAAUUUGCAAGAAAAAAAGUCACAAUAUUCCGAGAAUAAAGUCAUGAUACUAUGACCGAAUGGUGUACAGAUCAGAGUAACGUCUGUGUGUUAAAAUACGGGACGGGGAGGAUCUGAAGUUAUUGUUUAUUUUGUUGAAGGAGAGUUGUUUAAUAAUAAUAAUAAUAAUAAUGAUGAUAAUAAUAAUAAUAAUAAUAAUAAAAGUCAUUCACCCAAUUGCUUUAUUUGUGAAGUAUUUAAUUAUUUUUGUUGCUCUGAUAUGCACCAUUCUAUCAUAGUAUUAUUCAAUUCAUUUAAAUUCUGUUUUAUUUGUAUAGCGCUGUUAACAAUGGACGUUGUCUCAAAGCAGCUUUACAGAAACAUAUAAACACGGGAUACACAUUUUAAGUGUGUGAAUUUAUCCCUUUUGAGCGAGCCGGUGGCGAGGAACCUUAAGAGGAACCGGACUCAGAAGGGAGCUCAACCUCAUCUUUGUAACAACGGAUAGUGUGAAAGUAAAAGAAAGUUCAUUAUGGGUUCUAUAUGAAGUCUGUGUGUUGAACUAGUCCACUGUUCACUAAAGGAGACCUGAGUGUAAAACUGUAUGUGGUAAUUGCAGUCCCGAGGCCAUCGCAGCAACCGUAACCACAGCAACCACGGCGAGAACGUCCAUGUAGAAUUGAGGUCCAAAACCAUUUCCAUGGUACUUCAAGCGGCACCGUCCUCAGCGAUCUCCAGGCUGCACCGUUUGGGGUCGUCCUCAGUGGCAGAACGUAGCCUCCAGUUGAUGAGCGCUCCAACCAGAUGUAGGGCAUGAGGAUGGAUCAGGCAGGCUUUCUUCUCUAAACUCGAAACUACAUUGUUCUCAAAACAUUACUACUCAAAGUUGUAUUUUGACUUUUUUCAACAUUGACGUAACAUUGACAUUAAUAUGCUAACAUGCAUCCACCAAUGAAACGAUCGGCACAUUGAGUGCUCGGCCCUGACUGUUCAGCAUUUCUGCUGUAACCGCUGAUACGUUCAGCUCACGCUGACACGCGAGUCUGUCCUUCAGUCAAAUCAUUUACUCGCCUUUAUUCUCUACUACUGACCUUUGUGUUUUAACCUGCACAAGAGGCAUGGGCUGUGUGUGUGUGUGUGUGUGUGUGUGUGUGUGUGUGUGUGUGUGUGUGUGAGAAUGCUGCUACCUGUGAUGCUCACUGUUUGGGUGAGGAGAUUGGGAGCGGGGUGCUAUAAAUAAAUCCCAUAAUCCCGUAUACAGUUUUCAUUAAUUUAAGAGCGACACUUCGUACAGCCUUACCAUGUUACAGCUUUACACUGGAGACUCCUUCCGUAAAUGGUCCAUAAACAUCCCCUUACAAAACUUCACCGUAUCAACCAUUACCGAAGGUUCUGUCAGAUAAUAAGCCUUUUUAUUUGAUGAUUAUUAGGAUUAUAUUAUGUGGCGUGUCAGGGAGAAGCUAGGCUAGGAUAUAAGUGUUGUUGUUGUUGUUAUUAUUAUUAUUAUUACUAUGUUACAUCAGAAUGUUUUGUCCAAUGCAGGCAUCAGUGCAACGUUCAGGUUCUUAUUUGUAGUUCUGCCAGCAGAAACCCUCUCCACUAAUCCCCAGUGUUCAGUGCUGCAGUAACACGGCGGAUGCACGCUGCUCCCUUUUUUUUUUUUUGGACCUGGUGUGCGGCUUCAUUCAGCACUUUCGGAUCAGACCGGUGAGCAUCCAAGAUCUUUAUCUGGAUCCGUUCUCUUUCACCUGUAGUCGAAGAACAGAUGGAGGCCCGCGGUGUCCUUGCAGUUUUCCGGUACGUGAUGUAUAGAUCGUCUCCGCGCGUCAUGGUCACGUGACUGAGUCUCGUGCACCGGGGCUAUUUUUAGACGUGCCGAACGUGUUGGACAUGCUGAUGUGUGAACUGCACUCUAUCUCUCCUCCGGGUCUCUCUUUCACUCUGCAUUCAGAGUGUGUGUAUGUGUGUGUGAGUGUGUGUGUGGGAUAAGUAUGAUCUCUUGGAAAGAUCUCUCUUGGUUUUUCCUCAACAGAGAAUUCGAAUUGUGCGAUACAGUAUACGAACAGAUGUAUUCGUAAAGCGUUCGCAGGAGCGUUUACACAAGAAACGUGGCGUUCGUGAAAGUUGGUGAAUCGUUAGUUUCCUACGUUUCGCUCCGGAAUUCGUAGGAGUUUACACGUAAGAACGUUUACUGACAUGUUCGGCUUUGAAUCGUAUAAUCGCCGACGCUUUACUGUAAGACUGGUUGCUACAGUUAAGACAAAAGUAAUGGCGCCCUAUAAAAGGAGGAUGAGUUUGUGUGUGUCUGUGGCAGCUGAUGCGCUGCAGUGGCUGAGCUGCAUUACUGGAAGAUUUUAGCGUUGUUUUCAUCUCUCUGUGAGCUGAAUGUAAUUGAAAUGAAGUGUAAAUCGGCGGUGCCGUGAGUGCUCACGCUUACUCGUUUUACACGAAGAUACACAUGUGAGUAUGAAAAUCAGCCCUAGUGGCCACCUGAGGUGAGACCUUGAGAGGAAGCAGAUUUAAAAGGGAAUACUCUUCCUCGUUUGGGCAGCGCUACAUGGCACGGUGAAUAAGAGUAGAACGAGCAGUAUGGGAUGUUCAGAGUCUCAGUGUAGCAUCAAGAAUAAGACCGCUUUAGAUGAACUCCAGCACCAGGUCUUGGGAAGUGUGAGUUUCUUCACUGCAGCUGGAAACCGAAUUCUCAGUUAUAUUCCAUUCGGAGCCUGGAGGGAAAAAAUAAAACAACCUCUGCUGAUUGGAUGCUUGUUAGGUAAAAUCCGGAUCAGACAAAUCCAAAAGACUGAACAGAAAUCUCUGGCAUGUGAUCAUAGCUUAUAAAUUCCAUGCUUCCUCCUAAAGAUUUCAAGCUCCUAACUGUGGGAUGGAAGAUUUACACAAACAAAGAACAAUAAACACACACACACAUGUAUGUAGACAGAAAUACGCCGCUUAUCACACACCUGGCAUAAUCAAGCUGAACCCAGUCAGGUGUGAAAUCGUUUUAAUGAGCUGUGCACUUAAAAUAUUUCAGAAGCAGGAUGCAGAUUAAUGUGGAUUAUAGAUCACUCUGUAGUGUAAAUUUACCACUGUAUACUCUCCCUGACUAGACGAAGUAUUUUGUGCGUUUUUGUGUGCGUGUGUGUUUUUUUUCCUCGAGAUAAUUGUACUGCUUCUAAAAAGUGACCUCAAGCAACCCUGCUGGUGUCGUGUAGUUUAGUUUUUGUCCACUUAGUGUUGCUGCUUUGUUGUAUCCAUCAGACCCACAGGAAUUUGUUUUUCCUGAAAAAUUAGUGUCACGUCUGAAAGGCGGGGUUUUUUGUUGCAAACCUACGUACGUUCGUACAGGAAGUAAAGUCUGGAAUCACUAACGACCCGUUUCAGCCGUUCAGAAUCGGUUCCUUCUUCUGGGAGUCGAUGAGUCCGUUUGUCCUGCGCUUUGAUUUUUAAAACUUUGCCGUUUUAAAAUACAUUCACAAACAGCUCUAUAUAUAACACACUACAUGAAAGGUAAUAUUUGAAGAACCAUAAUAGGUGCACUUUAACAUCAGGUAACUACAGAGUGUCCCAAAAGUCUAGGUAGUGUACCCAGGGCACUAUGUUUGGCAGCACCACGUCGGUCGCGCUUUCGUCAGCGGAUGCUCGCGGACGUCCACUUCUUCUCGGUUGUUCCGCAGGACUUCCAGUUAUUUGGAUUUAUUAAUAAGUUUGGCAGCAGCGUCGUGUGUGAUGUGCUCGCCAUGUUUCCUGUUAAAGUCCGUCGCAACCUCGUGACAGCUUCGUUCUAAUUUAGUAAAAAAAAAAAAAAAUGCACUCUUUUUGGCUGAGAGUGUUUUUUUUUUACUGACAUAAAAACCUCACAGGAUUUAUAAAACGUUUACAUAGAAAAUGUACCGUGUCACGCUUCUUACUGUUCACUGUGUUCACCACUCUCCCUUCCUUCCGCUGUAUUAUAUGACUUAUUUUCAUGUGGUUUUUAUUUGUUUUGUUUUCUUCCUGUUAAUAUAAUAGUUAUUCAUCUGACAUAAUUUCAAUUUAUUUAUUUAUUUGUUGCAAGGGGCAAAUUCUCCAAAACAACUGGGAAGUGGGGCUCCUGGAGGAAAGAAAAAGUUUGCCGAAGUUUCGAAAAAGUCUGAUGUUUUGAUUUGAGGAUUGCUGAAAUGUUAUCUGGAGCGAUUACAAACAUGAUCUGCUACACCAGCGAUGUUAUCGGUACAGGAUGAAGAGUACGGCGGCACCGAGUCGUCCCUUUUCCAGGAUAUGAACACUGUCUGUGACGGCUCAUGUUACAUCGCUGUGCGCAUCUCUCGUCUUUUAGAAUGUCAUGCUCUUCAGAUAAAUGAGUCACUCGCUCUUUAGUCUCGUUAAAACAACAACAACAACGGCGCAGGACUGUGUGGCACCGUGAAGAGUUUAAUAGCUAAUGGAUUAUUAUCUCGUCCACUGCUCAUAUAAGAGCGAGGAUGUGGGGAGAGGUUGGUGUUCAUGACUGUAGCUGAGAAGGUGACCCGAAUAUAAGUGUGUGUGUGUGUGUGUGUGUGUGUGUGUGUGUGUAUAAUGCUAACAGAAAGGAAGAAGACAAGUGAGGAAAAGGGAAUGGAAAGGUUUGAGAGAGGAGAGGAGACGAGAUGACACACACAUCACAGGAUCUCGGAGGAGCUGGAAAUUCUCGCGGGAAUCUCUGCCGAAGGCCGCCUGUAGCUUCUGGAAUAAAUCCCCAUCGUCCAAGUCAUGGAUCUGGCGUCGGCCGAGAUGAACGCGCUUCCUAACGGGAAAGGGCACGAAGGAGGAGCCGAGACGAUGGCCACGCCUGCCUCGACCAAAACCCAAUCCGACGACACGGUUCAUGCCAGCAGAGCUACCAGAGACACCGAGGCCACCCUGGCCGAGAGCGCAGAGUUCCUCUCCAAUGGCGACGACAAGAAACCGCCGCGAUUCACGGACUUUGAAGGAAAGACUUCGUUCGGGAUGUCGGUCUUCAACCUGGGAAACGCCAUCAUGGGGAGUGGAAUUCUGGGACUGGCGUACGCCAUGGCGAACACCGGCAUCGUCAUGUUUCUGUUCCUCCUGACGGCCGUGGCGUUUCUCUCGGCCUACUCCAUCCACCUGCUGCUCAAGGCCUCGGGCGUCGUCGGUAUCCGUGCAUAUGAGCAGUUGGGAUUUCGAGCGUUCGGUACGCCAGGCAAAAUGGCCGCCGGCAUCGCGAUCACGCUGCAGAAUAUCGGAGCCAUGUCCAGCUAUUUGUAUAUAGUGAAGUAUGAAUUUCCUCUGGUGAUUCAGGCCUUUCUCAAGGUGGACACACCAUCUGGGGAAUGGUACCUGAACGGUAAUUACCUGGUGGUGAUUGUGUCUGUCUGCGUUAUUCUACCUCUGGCUCUGAUGAAGCAGCUUGGCUAUCUUGGCUACACCAGUGGGUUUUCUCUCAGCUGCAUGGUCUUCUUCCUUAUCUCAGUGAUUUAUAAGAAGUUCCAGGUGCCGUGUCCCUUCACCGACUUCUCCUUCACCAAUCGGACGGCGGCGCUAAACAUCAGUGGCGUGUUGAUUGAGCACAACGGGGUCAGCAUGACCCCCGAGGACGACCCGUCAUGUACCCCUCGCAUGUUCAACCUCAACAUCCAGACAGCCUACACUAUUCCCAUCCUGGCGUUUGCGUUUGUGUGCCACCCGGAGGUGCUGCCGAUUUACACCGAACUGCGCAACCCCACCAAGAAAAAGAUGCAGCACGUGUCCAACAUCUCCAUCACUGUCAUGUAUGUCAUGUACUUCCUGGCUGCGCUGUUCGGAUAUCUGACCUUCUACGAUAAGGUGGAGGCUGAGCUGUUGCACACCUACAGCAAGAUCGACCCUUACGACACGCUGAUCCUGUGUGUGCGCGUGGCUGUACUGACCGCCGUCACACUCACUGUACCCAUCGUACUGUUCCCUGUGAGGCGAGCCAUCCAGCAGCUCUUCUUCCCCAACAAGACGUUCUGGUGGCCGAGACACAUCGCCAUCGCCAUCCUCCUCCUCACCAUCAUCAACCUGCUCGUCAUCUUCGCUCCCAACAUCCUCGGCAUCUUCGGGGUCAUAGGUGCCACGUCCGCUCCAUGUCUCAUCUUCAUCUUCCCGGCCGUGUUCUACAUCCGCAUCGUUCCCAAAGAGGAGGAGCCCAUGCGCUCAGCGCCCAAAAUCCUGGCUGCAUGUUUCGCUGGAGUGGGUGUCCUGUUUAUGAUAAUGAGCCUGAGCUUCAUCAUCAUCGAUUGGACAUCAGGGAGCACCAAAUCCAACAGUGGUCAUUAGGCCACACCCACAUUUCUUUUUCUUUUGUUUUUUAACAGUUGUUGUGGGUGUGUGUGUGCGUGGUGUAAUCAUCUGCCAGGGCCUGUAGUAUGUGUGUGUGUGUGUGUGUGUGUGUGUGUGUGCGCAUGUGUGUGAGAGAGCGCUCUCAGUGGACCGCCAACAUCAGUACAGCAACGAUCACUGAUCCAAAUUACUGUGUGUUUGUGUUCGUGUCCUUCUGUCAGGCAAAAUAACCCUGGAUGAUGAUGAUGAUGAUGAUGAUAACAGUGAUAUGUGGACUGACGAAAGUCCUGCUAAAUAAUAUUCUUGCUUGUUGUUCCCCCUAAAACUGACCCUUAACAUGAAUUUAAAUGAAGCUAACCCUACGUUGGCCUGAUUGUGACCUCUGACCCCUUUGACCUUUGACCCCAGGCACAGGAAGACCUGGGGCCAUCAAAGCAAGGGUACUUAUUCAGGUUGAUAAGGAUUUCCCUGAUGGGAGGGCUGCUUGUUUUUGGAUAGUGUAGGUGCCUGUCUCCUCCCUCUCUCUCUCCCUCUCUCCCUCCCUCUCUCUUCCUCCUCUCUCUCUCCCUCCCUCUCUCUCCCUCCUCUCUCUCUCUCUCUCUCUCUCUUGAUGUGGCAAUAAUCUCUAGCUUAGAAACACUGGAGUGAGAGGUCAUUGCCAUGACAGCGCCAGGGUCACCAAAUCUCUCCCUCUCUCUCUCUCUCUCUCUCUCUCUCUCUCUCUCUCUCUCUCUCUCUCUGUCUCAGACAGUUGCUGUCGUGGCGUAUAUCGCAGAGCACAUUAACCCUGACACAAUAUGCAAACUGUAAAUAACGUGCGGCCGCCAUUUUGUUUUUAUAUGUAUGGAUUUAUAUGUGGUUCGUCGUUUCUAUAAUCACGGAGUAUAUGACUAAAUAUGAAGCUAUAUGUGCUAGUGAUGCAUUAAAAAAUCUGCCCAUGAGCACAAUUUAAUCGGAUCUAGAUCAUGAGGAAAGGAGCACGUGAAAAACUGAGAUCUACUGUAGAGCACAAAUAGAAGACACAGAUUUAUUUAUUUCUUUUUAAUCCUGAGAUUAAAUGUAAAGUUGGGACAGGGCUGUUCACAGGAAGUACAAAGGAGACGGAAAGAUCAAAUGAAAAAACGAAAACAAAACAUGUGUUGACAUGCUAAACCGACAGGGUUUUCUCCUCCAGCGGAGACAGGACAGGAGUGUGUGUGAGGUGCAGGGGAGAGAGGGGGAGGGGGGAUGGGGGGACAGGUAUACAGUAGAAAAACGUUCCAUGAUGGAUGAGUCGAGAGAAAUAACCUCUCUGCUGCAACCUCAUGAACUCGUGAUGCCGUCGUGGAGAUUUGACGUGUGUUAUCGUGUCUUAUACCACAGCGCUCUUAUAUUCUGGAUUCUGAUUGGUCAGAAGGCGUCGAUUCAUUUUCUCUAACCGGCUUUGACGGUAGCGCAGCUGCAAAUCGCAGGUUUAUAUUAACGUGCUCGUUCUCUCUUAAUACGUUAUCGUUUCUAUAGCAACAGCUCCUUCACGGGGAUCGAAAAACGCGUGUAAUCGUUUAUGCGGUGGAGUUUUGUGUAAAUCUAACAUGUACGGAAGGAGUCUCCAGUGUCGGCGCUUUGGAAAGCUGUAUCUUUUAAGUUUUCCGACUUCUUCAGGACAGAUGAGUUUACUCUGCGUGGUUUAUGUGUUUUUUUUAUUAUUUUAUUUUAUUUUUUAUUAGAGGCUGGUGAGGGAACAACUUUUUGCACAAGGUGUAAAUCUAAACGGAUAAAAAUGUUUUAUAAGUGAAAAAUUGUAGCCGUCAGCAGGUUGCUGUGGUGUAAGAGGAAUAAAACACUUUUGUACAUGCUGUUAGAGGAAAAUAAUCGACUUCAACUACGGUUAACUCCGCUUCUUGACACCGACCGGUUGUUGAUUAUUUCGCUGCAACAGCACGACAUGGAGUGGUUUAUUCCGUACGUAACGGAGACACGUCAUACAGACCACGCAAACACCACUUAAUGAGGGUUUUAGGGGCGGGGCAUGUAGAGAUGGAUGGGCGUGUUUCAAAUUAGCAUAUUCUUGGAUUCUGAGUCGAUUUGGUUUGGUUCCUUUUGUUGUUGUUGUUGUGUAAUGACAUUUUUGAGGGUUUUCAAAAAGGUUUUGGAUGCAGCUACGACAUAUUAAUAUCAUAUUUCUGAACCGAACAGACAGGACGCGACUUUAAAAUAACCGUCGUACACUUUCGGACAUGAUCCUUAUUUACUUCUCUUCAGGUUGUAGCAACAAGAACUACCAGAGGGUGUUUAACAAUUCGAAUGAAAGCGAGUUGUUUAAUCGCAGGGUUGGGAGGGUUACUAAAUACUUCCUUAAAAAAAAUGUCAUCGGUAACGUAAUCCAAGUAUCACAGUGUGAAAGUAACGUCAUCUGAUCAUAGUUGGAUCACUUCAAGGUCACGUGUGUGAAUAAAGUCAAGAGAAAAGCAAUAUGAUGUAAAAUCCUUUUAUUCAGAGCUGAAAAACACGUUUGGAUUUGUUUUAAUAAAAUAAAUACACUCGUUGCUCCUGUGAGUCCGGACUGGCGAGAGAGAGGAACACGACUAUAAUCAUGCAGCUGUAUAUACUGUGUCAUGUCAAAAGAUUCAUUUCUUUGGUUUUACUUUUUUUUUUUUAUUAUUGUAAUCCUGAUAGUAUUCCCUUUGUUUUUACAAAAUGUACCUGUAAUGUAAUCUGAUGACUUUGUUUUUUGACGUAACUGUAACGUAUUGCAGUUACCUUUUCUUUUUUUUUUUAAAAUCCUGAUUACGUAACGCCGUUACAUGUACUCUGUUACUCCCCGAGCCUGAUUAAUCGUUAGCAUGAUCAUCGGAUAACAACUGAACACAGUAGCUUUAGCACUUUCUGCUACAAAGCACAAUUUAGAGCCAUUAAAACACUUAACCUACUGUAGAGACCAACUAUAUAAUGAAAUAUCUAAUAAUAUAUAUUUUAUAGGCAGAGUUCUACAGCCUUUAUACUACUAAAGGUUUAUAAGAAAAGUUACGUGUGUGUGUGUGUGUGUGUCUUGGAUAUAUAGCCUAUGUGCAGUGCUGAAGGUGUAGUAUAACUCAGUACAUAUGAGACGUGUGUGUAUUUACACCCGUGGUACUUUUUCACUAGUCGAUGUAGUCGUGUUCGGUGAUUAGACGAUUAGAUCGUUAGAUGGAUCGAAGUCUUAACGUCUCUUUGUGUCCCGUGUCACUGGUUUUAAUAUCCAAGCUGCUGGUGUGUGUGUGUGUGUGUGUGUGUGUGUGUGUGUGUGUGUAGCACAUAGUCUCACACUGCAAAAAAAAAAAGACAUCUCAACAAGUGAAAAUAUCUCGAAUAAGCAAUACGUAAUGUAUGUAAUAUAUGAUUAUGUAACAUUUCACAUUAAAUCAAAUAUACGGCUAUUAAACCUAUUCCUAGACAUUUAUUUUUUCUUCUAAUUUCAUGCUUCCAAAUUUUUCUUAUUCUAUCGGCAGAUCAUUUUGAUCAUAAAUGCUUGAAAAGAGAAAUCACUCGGCCGGUAGAAUAACACUGUUUCACACGCGAAAGCAGUACUUUGCGGUGUAAUAGUGUCAGUAAUAACAGUUCCAGUGUUGUGUGUUUAAUCGAUAUGUACGUGUUUAAUUUUUUUUACCGUAGCACGUUUUUGGUUGUUCUGUUUUGUUUUGUAUUUUAAAUCCCAGUGUCUAGUGUUGUAUUUAAAAAGCACAGUAAAAGUAAGGAAAAACAUGAAAUAAAGUACAAAAGUAUAUUGUUUAUAGAUCAGCUCCUGCUUCAGUCUUCAAAUUAUUCUAAUACACCUAUAUUCAGGGCUUGAGGCAAAAUCAUCCCACAGAGCAGUUUUGUUUCUUUAUAUAUAUAUAUAUAUAUAUAUAUAUAUAUAUAUAUAUAUAUAUAAAUGACUCUAAUAUUCAUAUGCCUGUAUAUUUUCAUAUCAUGAUGGUUAUGUUUUGACUACAAGCGUGCCGGUGUGUCGUAUAACCCUCAGUACAGGCUCAGAGGUUUAAUAGAAGAUGCUGAGUUGAUGUUUUAUUGCGACCUUCAUGAACAGGUUUAGGUUUAAAAAACAACGGAGUGACUAAAAGAUUUUGUUCUCUAGCAGUGUAUUUGUGUGCAGUAAACGUGUCUACUUAAUCUCUGUACUCUUGACUUAAUGCAGUGUGUGUGUGUGUGUGUGUGUGUGUGUGUGUGUGUUCGUGUAUGAGUUCAUGAUUGACAUGGUGGCAUUUAUAAAUGAUGGAUAUAAUUAUAAACCCUUUAUAUGCCUCGUACACGUCUAGUUUGUACACUGUAAAUAGGCAGAGGUUUAGUCUGAUGAUUAAAACAAACCAUAAUAAUUUUUAAAAGUGCUUUUUUUAAAUAAAUAAAUAAAAAAAAAGAAACGUAAUCAGAAAGCCAGUUAAAUGUCUUUUAUUUUUCUUUAUUCCUCAUAUAUUGAGUACAUGGCUGGCGGUUAUUGUACUGUAAACAAUGUUGAAAUAAAUAAAAAUAAAGAAUGAAAGCGGC